AUGUCUUUUCGAGGCGGAGGUCGUGGAGGCUUUAAUCGAGGGGCUGGAGGUGGCGGCUUCAGUCGCGGCGGUGGCGGCAACAACAACCAUUUUCGAGGUGGAGGCGGCGGCAGUUUCAGAGGCGGCGGCAGCGGCAGAGGCGGAUUUGGACGAGGGGGUGGCCGUGGAGGUUUUAACAAAUUCCAAGACCAGGGACCUCCAGAACGUGUAGUUUUGUUAGGAGAGUUCAUGCACCCCUGUGAAGAUGACAUUAUUUGUAAAUGUGUCACAGAUGAAAAUAAGGUGCCUUACUUCAAUGCUCCUGUUUAUUUAGAAAACAAAGAACAAAUUGGAAAAGUGGACGAAAUAUUUGGACAGCUUAGAGAUUUUUAUUUUUCAGUUAAAUUAUCAGAAAACAUGAAGGCAUCUUCCUUUAAAAAACUACAGAAGUUUUACAUAGACCCAUACAAGCUGCUACCAUUGCAGAGGUUUUUACCUCGACCUCCAGGUGAGAAAGGACCUCCAAGAGGCGGUGGCAGGGGAGGUCGAGGAGGAGCAGGAGGACGAGGAGGAGGAAGAGGAGGAGGUGGCAGAGGUGGCGGUAGAGGUGGUGGUUUUAGAGGUGGAAGAGGAGGUGGAGGCUUCAGAGGAGGAAGAGGAGGUGGUGGUUUCAGAGGGAGAGGACAUUAA